CCCCUUUCGAAGCACUUUCUAUUUAUAGAUAGAAAGGGCCUUUCUCGCUUGUUUAGUAAAGUCAAGUUUUUGGCCUUAUCUUGCAGGUGACGACGACGUCGAGUUGACGGCAGAGAAAGACUCGGCAUUUAGGCGAGCCACCCGGUGGUGUGGUACAUAGUGGGUUUAGUACGCCCCGCCCAAACAAACGGCUCCGAAACAAACAAAAAGGGGCAUGCCGUACUCACGAAGGACUGCCAGUGAUAUACUGGAGGAAGGUGGGGAUGACGUCAAGUCCGCAUGGCCCUUAUGGGCUGGGCCACACACGUGCUAUAAUGGCAAUUACAAUGGGAAGCAAGGUUGUAAGGCGGAGCAAAUCCGGAAAGAUUGCCUCAGUUCGGAUUGUUCUCUGCAACUCGGGAACAUGAAGUUGGAAUCGCUAGUAAUCUCGGAUCAGCAUGCCGCGGUGAAUAUGUACCCGGGCCCUGUACACACAGCCUGUCACACCCUGGGAAUUGGUUUCGCCCGAAGCAUCGGACCAAUGAUCACCCAUGACUUCUGUGGAACACUAGUGCCACAAAGGCCUUUGGUGGUCUUAUUGGCGCAUACCACGGUGGGGUCUUCGACUGGCGUGAAGUCAUAACAAGGUAGCCGUAGGGGAACCUGUGGCUGGAUUGAAUCU